UUGUGUAAUCGUGUUGACAUGACAGUUGAGUUGUCGGUCCUCCGUCCUGAUUCAGUUUAUAUGUAGUAUUUUCACUUGAUCUUGGAUAAUAUUUAAGUAUUAGCGGGGUUCUACAUUCAUCAAACAUGGGAAAUGAGAAGAGGACCGUUCUGAUUACAGGAUUUGGACCUUUUGGGGAACAUUCAGUCAAUGCCAGCUGGGUGGCUGUACAGAAUCUGAAGAGGAGAAACUUGUUACCUGAUGUUAACGUCCAUAUUGAAGAAAUCCCAGUAGAUUAUCAGGAGGUCAGCCAGAUUGUACCAGAGCUGUGGAAACAGAAAGAUCCAUCGCUAGUUGUACAUGUUGGAGUCUCAGGAAUAGCAAAUAAAAUAACCUUAGAACAGAGGGCUCACAAUGUAGGUUACCAUCGCAAAGAUGUCAAAGGUCAAACUCCUUAUAAGGAGUGCUGUAGGGAGGAGGGGGAGGAGUGUAUCUGUACAGGGCUGGACAUGAGUCGAGUCAGUGAUGAGAUCAACAAUGCAGAUAAUGAGCUGAAAGCAGAAGUCUCAGAGGAUGCUGGCAGGUACUUGUGUGACUUUUCCUAUUACACUUCCCUGUCAAUCAACAAGUCUCGCUCCGCCUUCAUUCAUGUCCCGCCCCUGGAUGAGCCGUAUACAGAGGAUCAGUUAGGAGCGGGAUUAGCUGUGGCCAUUUCCUCAAUGCUGAAGCAACUCUCAGAGUGAUGCUAAAUAAGUACUUCUGUAAAAGGCAUCAAACUUGAUCAAUAUUUAAUUGUUUUUGCAUGCCUUUGUUGGACUUCAAAAAUUGAAACCAUGCGGUCUACAGCAUAAAAUUUAAGCAUUCUCACAAUGUUUAGGUGAUGUUUUCAAAUGCUUUUGAAGUAAAGUUGUUAAGCAGUUUGUUGAAUCAGAAAUGUUUAUAACCAGAGAACUUCAAUAAUUCUUUUCAUGCAAUGCUAUAUAUUAUGAUCGAUGAUCAAGUAAUUUAUCUUUAAUAUGUUUAAAAAAACUUAAACAUAUUUUUUGAAUUGUUAGAACAUCAGCCAAUGAUAGCAUUAUGAAUUAUUGCUGAUCAAUUGUGUUUAUAUAACCUAAUUCUUGUCACAAUUUUUAAUUUUGUUGGUUUGCUGGCAGAAAAAUUAACAUGAUAAAUACUAAAUUCAGGGCAGAAAACUGAAUUGAUUACAGCUGAAGAAAGGGGGGAAAACAAGAGUGCAAAAGAGCAAUAUCAAUAUUGUUUCCAAUAAUUCAAUUUUACAUGUCUUAUACUGUAAACGUGGUUAUAUUGACGAGUUGAAAAAUUGACGAUUUUUUAUUUAUGAAAAUUGACGAGUGUUAAUUUUGACGAAAUAUUGAAUCAAGUUAGGUAUCUUUGAAUUUACAAAGUAAAAAAUGAAUUAGACCUUCUACGGUGUGUAAGAUUGUACAAACCCUAUAAGUAUGCAAGACCCGAUAACAUAAAUAACCCUUUUGUAUUUCAAGUUUCAUUAUUAGCGAUCAAUUGCCUGAGGUGACAAAUUUGGUAAAGCUAGGCGUGAUAAUUACGCUAAGUUAUGCAUACAUUAGUUUAGAAUAAAUAGUUUUUUUAAAAAGUGUGAUUAUAUAUCACUAUGUUUUCAUAACUAAUUACAAAGGAUAUUAACAGAACUUUCAUCUAGUUUUAAUACGGGAAAACCGAGAAAAUUAAGCGGUAAAGUUGUACAAUGGUCAAUGUCUGUUGUGACGCUAUAAAUAUAUACAUGUAUGAUUUGAAGAUUGCCGAGUGUAAAUUUUGACAAGAAAAGAAAAGUCGUCAAUAUAGUCAAAAUUAGCACAUCGUCAAAAUUUCCACGUUUACAGUAUGUCUAAUGUGAUUGACAUGUCCUCAAGAUAUUUCAAAUAUUUUGACCUUUAUUCCAUAUUUUCAUGUAAUAUACACUUUGUUGUAUUUUGGUACAUUCAAAGAGUGCAAUAUCUAAUUCAAUAAAUUAUUGAAUAUU